UCGCUGAGACUGGCUUGUCCGCCGUGGGGCCGGGAGGGACUGGUGGCGACGCUGGCGCUCGCACUGCUGCGGGGAUUGUCUUGAGAAUCUUCACUGAAAUCUUUGCUGACAGUCAAUAAUGGCGAGUAAGGGGCCCUCGGCCUCUACGUCCACCGAGAAUUCCAGUGCAGGUGGGCCUAGUGGCAGCAGCAAUGGCCCUGGUGAAAGUGGAGGGCAGGACAGUACCUUUGAGUGCAACAUAUGCCUGGACACUGCCAAGGAUGCUGUCAUCAGCCUGUGUGGCCACCUCUUCUGUUGGCCGUGUUUGCAUCAGUGGUUGGAGACCAGACCUAACAGACAAGUGUGUCCAGUUUGCAAAGCUGGAAUCAGCCGGGACAAGGUCAUCCCACUCUAUGGCAGGGGCAGCACCGGGCAACAGGAUCCCAGAGAGAAGACUCCUCCUCGUCCUCAAGGCCAGAGGCCGGAGCCCGAAAAUAGAGGGGGAUUUCAAGGAUUUGGAUUUGGAGAUGGUGGCUUUCAGAUGUCCUUUGGAAUUGGAGCAUUUCCAUUUGGGAUAUUUGCCACAGCAUUUAACAUAAAUGAUGGUCGGCCUCCUCCAGCUGUCCCUGGGACACCCCAGUACGUGGAUGAGCAGUUCCUGUCUCGCCUCUUCCUGUUUGUAGCCCUGGUGAUCAUGUUCUGGCUCCUGAUCGCCUAAUACAGGACCCCUGUUGCAUCUACAGCAGCACCUCUGGACUGGUGAUAUGCCACACCUGCUUCUGGUGUUGGACUUGUUUAAUCCUGACCCCUGGAAUCAAGGGUCAGAAACACAUCAAGGAGUCUUGCUUCUCCAUUAGAGCUUUGAACUCAAAACCAGUUGGCAAGGAAUCCCCAGUUUCACCGCUGCUGUAAACGCCCUCUGUAACCUCAGGUCUUGUGAUGACUCACCUCUCAUGGGUGACAAUUUGAAGCCCUGUUGCAGCCUUCUCAGCAGGUCCCAGCUCUACACGGGGAAGAGAGAAACAGUUUCUUUCACCAGAACUUUAUAUUACAAAAAUGAAGGGAUGAACCAAAUGGUAUUUAUGGAAACUUACUUUCAUCUUUUUUAAAUACCCUGGUAAAUGACCUCCACUCGCUAUACUGAGAGAUUCCCUUCCAGAUCCCAGUGCUGUGCUGUCUGCCUUCCUGUCCUCUCCUUCCUCAGCAAAGGAGAUCAUAAUUGCAGCAGCAGAAGCUGAAGAUGCUGUGUGACCUUGUGAGAUUCUGGUCUUUGAUUGGCUUUGGGCCUCCUCUAGGGUCUUGACCCUAGAAAGCAGCUUGACCUCCUGGUUUCCUGGCCAUUUGUCCCUGGUGUCACUUGGCUCAGAAUUCCCAUCAGCUUUCUCCUGUAGACCACUGCUGCAUUUGAACCAUCCACUCUGUUUCAGAGCUUUGAUGCAGGACAGCAGAGCAAGGAGCCCUGCCCCGAGGCUGUAGAAGCCUGAAUAACCCUCUCUCAGAACUUGCCCAGAGAAACUGGAGGCUUUCUCAGGUCAGCCCACUACACAUAGAACUACCAUCCUCAGAAACCAUUGUGCUUCUUAGAAGAGUCCAGGACUGUCAUUCCACUUGUGGUCAUGAUGUUGGUAUAGCGUGAUGGAUUUACCUGAAAACUCCUUGAAUGUGUGCUGAACCCAAGGAGACAUGAGGCUCCUGAGCAAGCAACCCCUGGUGAUAUGUAAAGCAAAGGACCACAGUGAUGAAGUGUGGUUUUCCUUCCUUAUUCUUUACGCAUAUUGAUUUGUUGUUGAAAUUCAUAAGCUGCUUCCUCUGAACCUGAUUGUGGAGGAGUGGUGCCAGACAGGAGGAUGAUUCAUUCACCUGCUCAGAUGAUUCUUGCUCUGCCUAUGAGGCUUCAUCUUAGAAAUGUCUCCUCCUGGAGACCACAGCAGGGCAGCAAGAUGAACUUCUGCUAGAUUUUUUUGUUCACUUCUCCAGCACCCACUGCCCCAGCAAUAACGAGAAACUAGGUUCUUGCCUUGCCUGCUGAUUUUUCUAGAUGCAGCUCUGCAUAAAUCUAUGGAACCCUAGACCUUGAGGAUGGUGAGAGAGCCCUCCUCCUCACUGCAUGGUCCCCACCUGCCAAUGCCAGUAUUGAAUUGAUACAGUAUGAAGUAUUGAGUAGGAGGGUGGUUUGGCAAAUCCAGCUGGUAAGAGUAAGCCACCAACUUUAGUGUGCUGACAGUUUUUAAAUAUCCUUUAUGACAUGGAAAUCCCCAGUCGCAGGGCCCCCGGAGUGUCUCUGCUUUAGAGAGAGUUGGUAGGCUCCAUCCCUCAGUGUAGUGCAGCCUAAAGUAGAGAGGGAAAACCUAAACAACGGACACAAAAGAACUGAAAGAAGAGUUCUGAGUAGUGGGGCCGAGCCUUUGGAUCUGGCGAGAUGGAAGGGGCCCGGGUGUGUGCUCGCAAAGGCAUCCCAGGAGCAUGGCGGCAGCAAAGCUGUGACGGCCGCGUACCCGUUGUGAACGUUACAGGGCUGCACGCCUGCCAGCAGCCGAGGCAGGAGAGCCAGCUUGGGAGUCCCCUCUCCUUUGUAGGCUGUCCCCCUUUAGGCUCGUCACUCGUCCUAUGGCCAGGGCAGCCGUAGCCUCCACCUUUCCUCCACCCCCAUGGACAAGGACAGUCAGAAAAUGGGAAUGUGUAAGGCAGCAUACCUUGACCAGCACUGAUUUUCACUGUUGUGAAAGUGAUUUGAUUUAGAAUUAAAUGGUUUUACAUUGC